CGGGCCCACGAAACACGCUGACAGACCAAGGAUAAUACGACGUGCAAGACGUGAAACAGCAUCAUGACAUAAUGACGAGGCAUUGCAGAGCAGCGGCAGAAGCAUAAGCAAGCCACGAAGCAUAGACCAAUGGAGCAUACGCCGCAUCACGAGUGCGACGCGCGGAGAGCUCAUCACCAUGCUCUCCCCCUCACAUUCCAAUCUGGGCUCAAGCCUUGCAUCGAUCAUGCCACCUGCACUUUGAACUGGAUCUGUCUCGGAUGAUCGCCCCCUUGGGAUUUCCAGUCUCGAGAUGGGGCCAUCGAGACGCCCGGCCAGCAGCGCUGCCUUGAAGAGGCCAGCGGCCUGCCCCGCGCUCCGGGCGAAACCAGCCGGCAACCGGCGCGAGUUCCAGGGCGGUGACUCCAGCCAAGAUCUUGGCAGCGAUGAUGAAGCCGUGGCCUCCGCGGACAAGAGGGCCUCGAAACGCGCUAAGACCGCCCCAGUCGUUCUCGAUCCCGGCAAGGACUCGGGGGGAAAUGACCUCCCACGGACGGGCCACUCUCCAUGCGCGCCCCGGCAAAUCUACGCGGCAAAAAUGUUCGUGGCUGACGCGCCUGCUGUCCAGGAGGCGUUCAACGAGGGGAACGGGUAGUUCCGCAAGGUGUUCAUCGACAGCCUCGUGCCGCGCGACGUCUCGUACGCGGCUGUGUUCGACGCGCCCAAGACGCAGCGGUGGAUCCAGAGAGCCAUGCAGAUGAGCAUGGAUGCCUCGAAUGGGCGCCUUGUCCGAAGGAAUAAAACCGUUUACCGUGGCGAAGCGCGCCAGCUCACCGAAUGUCUUUGCGUACAGAACGUCCCAUUGUUUACCUGCCAAUUGACCAGCCGCCCACGCGUUCUGCAAACAAACAUCCAACGGAAUGCCAUUAUGUACGUGCGUCACUGUAUACUGCAUUCCUUGUUUUGAGCACGCCGUCCCAUGGCAGCUGCGCUGCUGCCUUCUUGCUCUGGUUAGCUGGAGGCUUCCCCGCUGGUUUCGCUGCAACUCGUUUUACUGCCCUUAUUUUCGCACCGGCUUUUGCCACUCGGAUCUUGGCAAAGCGUUGCUUCUGGUUGGGAUUUGGUACUGGCAUUGAACUUGGUGCGAAUAUGCUGGGGAGGCCGACGUCGUCCUCCCCUGUGCUGGCAGACUGCUUUGGACCACACGGCCCCCGCGGUGACUCUUUGGGCUCUGAUUGGAAGCACAACGGAAGGCCAAUGCCGUUCGUGUCCAGUGCUACCUUUUCAGGCGUGAUUGCAUCAGAAGCUGCACCAUAUGGUAAUAAUAUGUUUAACAUAUUUUUGACCAAUACCAAUUCACUCACUGACAAAUACCCUCGGAUAGCUCCUGUUUUGGGGCACCUCUUAUGCCAUCUCGUCGUUGAAGGUUCU